AUGUCUUUUUCCAAAUCUCAUAUUCGAGAUCUUCUUUCACGUAUUGAUACUUGUGACGCCAUACCAAGCAUUUUGGACGAAUUCGAUGUUCAAGGCCCCAACGGAACACAUGCAUGCUACGUGAUGGCUCCUGCGCAAGGGAAUUUGAAAGAGGCAUCUUUCAGUCGCCUUUUCCCUAUUCAGGUCGCUCGGGCACUUGCUGCAAAACUGGCCGUGGCUGUCGCCUUCGUACAUUCGCACGACUACGUGCACGGAGAUAUACAUCUUCGGAAUGUCUUGGUCAAGUUGCCAUCGACACUCGACCAACUCACAAUCGAUCAGUUCAGGCAGAAGUAUGGCGAGCCUGAGACUGUUCCUAUUACCCGUGUUGAUGGAGGGCCGCUUCCGGCCAACAUACCGCCUCGCGCCGUCGUACCCCUGUACCUCGGGAAAAAAGCUCAAGAAUUCACUCUAUCUGAUGAGCGUGGCCUUGUGCUCAGCGACUUUGGCGAGGCCUUCACACCAGGCACAGAGCAGCGUCUCGGUAAGGACUGUAACACGCCCCUGGCAAAAAGAGCACCGGAGGCUCUUUUUGAGCCCAACAAGCCGCUGUCUUAUUCGUCGGAUAUAUGGAGUCUCGGGACUGCUAUCUGGGAAAUACUGGGUAUGAAAUUCAUCUUCAGCGAGUCAGAAACCCAGGACGAGAUUGUGGCUCAGCAGAUCGACGUUCUAGGUUCCCAAAGUUUUCCCUCCAGCUGGCGGAAACACUGGGAACGAGCGAACACAGCGGAAGGAGACGGGAAAGGAGAAAUCCCAUGUCGGCCCGUGGGAGAUCGGGAAGCUUGGCCCCCUCUCGAGGAGGCAUUUGAAAAAUUUGUGCAAAAAUACAGAAGAAAACGAGAGGCGGCAGGGACUUUUGAGGAUGAGGAGGCGCGAGCGAUCCUUGACUUGAUGCGGGACAUGCUUAAGUUUCGGCCGGAGGGGAGGUUGACGAUAGACAAGGUACUUGAGUCUGAGUGGAUGCGCAAGUGGGCGUUGCCUCAGUUGGAGAUGGCCACCAAAGAUACAGCACAAUCUCGACAAGGGACCCAGCUCAAAACACCCAAAGGUACCCGGGACUGGGUUGGUCAGGAUCUGUUACUGCGUAAUCACAUUUUCGACGUGCUUGAACGCCACGGUGGAGUUCCCUUGGACACGCCGGUCUUCGAACUUCAGAACAUUCUGUCUGAGAAAUACGGCGAGGACUCACGGCUGAUCUACAACCUCGAGGACCAGGGCGGCGAAGCUUGCUCCCUACGAUAUGAUCUCACCGUUCCCUUCGCACGUUGGCUCGCCAUGCGCAGUGACAUUCAGCACAUCAAGCGGUAUCAGAUCGCCAAAGUGUAUCGCCGUGACCAGCCUGCCGUCUCCCGCGGGCGCCUUCGCGAGUUCUAUCAGUGCGAUUUCGAUAUUGCGGGCAUCUACGAUCCCAUGAUUCCCGACGCUGAGAUCCUGCGCAUCAUUGCCGAGGUCUUUCAGGCGUUCGAUAUGCGCAUCACUAUCAAACUGAACCACCGUAAGAUCUUGGACGGCUUGUUCGCAGUAGCCGGGGUGCCAGAUGAUAAGAUUCGCCCCAUCAGUUCCGCUGUCGAUAAACUGGACAAGAUGUCAUGGGACGAAGUGAAGAAAGAGAUGAUCGAGAAAGGCCUUUCCGAAGAGGCUGCCGAGCACGUGGGCCUUUAUGUGCAGCGCAGUGGCACCAUGCGCGAGAUACUCUCCAGUCUGGAGGCAGACGCCAACCUGAUCAUGAAUCAGAAUGUGAAAGAAGGUGUAGCCGACCUCAAACUGCUUGCUACUUACAUAGAAGCCAUGGGCGUAGGUUCCAAGGUUUCAUUCGACCUAUCGCUAGCAAGGGGUCUGGAUUACUACACCGGGCUGAUCUACGAGAUCGCCCCUGACCGUAUCGAUGGCCAGUCCACUCAGGUCGGAAGCAUUGCUGCCGGAGGUCGCUAUGAUAACCUGGUAGGGAUGUACGGCCGACUUCCCGUGCCUUGCGUAGGUAUAUCAUUUGGAAUUGAUCGGAUCUUCACCCUCUUGGCUGAGCGACGCAAGAACAAGAAAGCCUCCGAGCUGGGUCGCGAGGCCGAUGUCUACGUCAUGGCUUUUGGGGGCAAGGACUUUGAAGGCCUUUUGGUCGAGCGCAUGGAGGUGGCUCGACAGCUCUGGGAUGCAGGUAUCCAGGCCGAGUUUACUGCCAAAGUCAGGCCCAAACCGCAACAGCAAUUCAGUGCCUCAGAGGGCGCGCCCGUCGCUGUCAUACUUGGUCAGGAGGAGCUGAAUGCGGGACAGGUGCGUGUCAAGCAACUUCAUGUCGGGGACAGAAAUGCUGCACAGAAAGAUAAAGGACAGCUAGUUGCCAGACAGGAUUUGGUCGAAGCAGUGAGGACAUUGCUGGCGUCGAGUGUAAAGGGGUCAUGA